AUGAACAUUUUCAGGGAUUUCUGUGAAGUCGUUGUCGACGAGUAUGUUACUGCUUCUAACUUUGCUGAUUACUUGGAGGCAUUCGAGGGUGGAAUGUAUGCUCUUCGUCUCGUCAUGGAAUUUCAAACUGUUGAGCUUCCGGAUGUAGGAGAAGUCACUGUUCCAAUUGCUCUUUCUCCACCACUGCAGUCAGUUCUGUUCGACAUUUCAAGUCGUCUUGCAGAUGCAUCCAUUUCACAUCUCUUGACCAAGAAAAUUAGAAAGCGGCUUGAUGAUCAUGUAUCUACUCGAAUGGCUGAACUGAUAGGGAAUAGAGUAGAAGAAUUGAAAGAUGCUUGGCAUUUACCUACCAGAUCAACUCUCCAAGUACUUUUUGAUUGUCAGUUGUUGAGUGUUAUGUUUCCUAGUGAAAACAUGCGUUCCGUUUGCACUGCAAUUGAAUCUCAUCUGGAUCCAUUUGAUGUCUCCUUGUUGUCACCACUUCUUGCUAAUAAUGUUAAACUUGUCUACACCAGAACUCAGGUUCUUUUCUCGUGUCUUGUUGCCGAUACUUUCUCCAACAAGGAAGUUCAGCUUCCCCAGUCAUUUUCGAAAAUCCAGGACUUAGCUGUUCACAUCGAGCAACCUUCUCGUAUCCCGAUGGUGCCAAGACUUGAUAGAACGAUGAGUGGUGAUAAAAAGAAUGGUGGAUCCAGACUUAAAAACAACAAGUAUUUGGCCAAUCCAUCGCAGCAAGGAUCCUCGAAGAGCACCCCAUCGCUGAGCGCCUUCUACGACAGAAUUUCAUCUAGCUGGUUUGGUGGAGCUAAUAAUUAG